AUGAGACCCAGUGUCCUUUUGAGAAAUCUCAAUGCACCCAAAACACUUCCUAUUACGGUAGAGAGUGGCGAAGGGGUCUAUUCGAGGGCAAAGGCGCUGGUGAUGGUAUACAAAACUGGAAUCCUUAAUGUCUGGCGGAAUAGAAAAGUCGCCGCGGAUAUCCGCCGGCGGUAUCAUGCUUCGUCCGGGCUGGAUCUGGCGAAAUCCGUGAUGGAGCGAUCCAACCUGUACCGGAUCCAACAAAAUCUCAACAAGGUUCCGGCAAAGCCUAUUACCGUGACGAGGGAGGAGCUGUUGACGGUGCUGAGAACCGAGCGAGACUGGCCGAAAUUACCGGGAUUUGCUGUGCUUUUUGCGGUGUUUUUCGAACUGAUGCCUAUUUUACUGCUUGCAUUUCCUCGGUUAUCGCCGUCAACUUGUUAUUCAAAGCAUUUCCAAGACAAAAUCGUCACGGCGUACCGGCAUGAGCAGGCGAAGCUGCAAGACUUUAAGCCGGGCUUUUCCUGUAGCACGCACCAGCUCAAGGAUGACCAGGCUCGUGCUCUAGCUCAUGUCGUGCUCCCGCAUGCGCCCUUUCUCAAAAAAUACAUGCCUAUCAGCUGGGUGCGCAACCGGCUGAUCGACCACUUGAUAAUUGUGCACGCGGACAAUGCAUUGCUGCAGCGGGACCCCCUAGAAACAUUGACGCCGCUGGAGCUAGAAAAGGCCUGCAUGAUGAGGGCACUUCCUCUGGGAUCACCAAGCCAGCAAAUGUCUGAUUUGGAUACCUGGAUUACGGAGUUCAAGGAGCCGGCAGAUGCGGGAUACUUUUUCAAAUAA